AUUUAUAAUCUAUUAUUUAUCUUAGUGUCAUCUGAUUGUAUAUUGCUAUGUAUUAACAGAAAACAGAGGAUUCGAGUCGACUAGAAAGUGCGACCUUAGAGUAGAACCAGUCGUGUUCAUUUGAUCGUAACAAGUAGUGUGCAUCGUAGUAUUUUUCUUAGCUUUUAUCUUAUUUUUUUAAUGUAAUUUUUAUUUACUCUCUAAGGUUAUGGCACCUAGUAAGCAAUGGAUGCAACUUGUUGAUAAUCGGCUCGAUGAAGCCUACUUAAUCGGAGUGCAAAAGUUUUUGGAUUAUGCUUUUCAGAAAACAGGAGAAGAAUAUGAAAUACGAUGUCCAUGUGUCAAAUGUUGUAACACAACUUUAGGAACUCGUAAGACAGUUGAGACACAUUUGAAAGUAUAUGGAAUAAUUCGAAAUUAUACAUUUUGGUAUCAUCACGGGGAAAAUUUAGGUGAGCCACUGUCAGAAUCGGAAGAUGAAGAUGGUGAUGAACUAGAAGAAUGUGAAAGUGAAGAUGAAGUAGAAGAACUGUUGAGAGAUCUAUAUUCUAAUAUUGAUGGAAGAACUGUGAACACUGAUUGUGAUGAUUUAAUUGAGGAGGAACCAAAUAUUGAAGCAAAAAGAUUUUACAGGCUAUUGAAGGAUUUCGAGCAGCCACUGUACCAAAAUUCAAAAGCUUCAAAGCUUUCCUCUUUGAUUAAAUUGCUUCACAUCAAAAGUAUGGGUCGUUGGAAUGAGUCAUUUUCAAUGUUAUUGAAAAUGUUAAAAGAGGAGUUGUUACCUGAUGGUGCCGAUUUGCCAAAAUCAUAUUAUGAGGCAAAGAAGAUAAUUCAAGACCUUGGCCUUUCCUACAAGAAAAUUGAUGCUUGUACUAAUGAUUGCAUGUUAUAUUGGAAGGAGGAUAGCUUACUUGAUUCUUGCAAAGUUUGUGGAGCGUCUAGAUGGAAAAUAGAUAGACAUAGCGGGGAAACAAGGAAUAAAAAAGGUAAGAAAAUAGCAUCAAAGACUUUACGCUAUUUUCCAUUAAAGCCUAGGCUUCAGAGAUUGUUUAUGUCUACAAAGACAUCUACUUUAAUGACAUGGCAUAAGGAUAAAAGAGUUGAUGAUGAAAUCAUGAGGCACCCAGCUGAUUCAAUGGCGUGGAAGUCGUUUGAUGAACUUCAUCCUUCAUUUGCGGCUGAGCCUCGUAAUGUCCGACUUGGACUUGCUAGUGAUGGAUUUCAGCCAUUCCGGAAUUCAAAAACCUCAUAUAGCAUUUGGCCUGUGGUUCUUAUUCCUUAUAAUUUACCACCUUGGUUGUGUAUGAAACAAGAAAAUUUUAUUUUGUCAAUGCUUAUUCUAGGUCCAGAUAGUCCAGGAGAUGCAAUUGAUACAUAUCUUCAACCUUUAAUAGAGGAAUUGAAGGAGUUGUGGGAAGUUGGCAUUGAGACCUUUGAUGCAUCAUCUAAACAGAAUUUUAAGUUGCAUGCUUCUUUGUUAUGGACCAUCAAUGACUUUCCAGCCUAUGGAAAUUUAUCUGGAUAGAGUACAAAAGGAAAAUUGGCAUGCCCAUGUUGCAAUAAAGACACCUCCUCAAUUCGAUUGGCUAAUAGUAAGAAGCAAUGCUUUAUGGGUCAUCGACGCUACCUUCCUCUUAGCCACAAAUGGAGAAAUGACAAGGAUUCAUUUGAUGGUACAAAAGAGAAAAGGCUCCCACCAAAAAUGCGUUCUGGUAUUGAGAUUAUUAAUCAAGUGCAAGAUCUUGAAGGGAUACAGUUAACAAAGGAUCCAAAGAAAAGGAAGAAGAUAUCACAUGAAAAUCAAAAGGAUAAUUGGAACAAGAAAAGUAUUUUUUUUAAACUUCCAUAUUGGAAGUCUCUCUUGUUGCGACAUAAUUUGGAUGUUAUGCAUAUUGAAAAAAAUAUAUGUGAUGAUAUUAUGGGAACAAUCAUGAAUGUCAAAGGAAAGACCAAGGAUACAAUUAAAACACGUUUAGACUUGCAAGACAUGAAUAUUAGGCCGGAAUUGCACCCCAUCCAAAGAGGGGAGAAAGUUGAAGUUCCAACUGCAUGCUACACAUUGCCUCCUGAAUGUAAGCACAAAUUACGCCAAUUCCUAAAGAAUUUAAAGGUUCCUGAUGGGCUUUCAUCUAAUAUUUCUCAAUGUGUGAACCUGAAAGAUCUCAAGAUAUCUGGGUUGAAAAGUCAUGAUUGCCAUGUUCUUCUGCAACAUAUACUCCCCCUUGCACUUCGUGGUAUGUUGUCCAAAGAAGUGUGUGAACCGCUUAUUGAGUUAUCUUUGUUCUUUAAUGUGCUGUUGGGAAGGGACGAGGACAAGGGCUUAAAAGCUCUACCAUGUCUGCUAGUCAAGGAACGGGAACGAUACAUAAAAACUCUAUCGUUCUUGAGAAAGAGUAUAUGCAAAUUGAUAUUCCAUUGCCUCAAUCUACUGAUCAAGUUAAGCAAUAUACCCAAAAAGUUGAAGCAAGUUCUAUAGGGAAGGGACGGGAAACUCCUAGAUCUUUGUGCUCAUCUUUAGGGAUUUCUAAAAGCACAAGAUCGAAUUUACCAUGUCUUCUAACCAAGAAAUGCGAACAAUGGAUAAAAACUCCUUGGUUCUUGAGAAAGAGCAUAUGCAAACCAAUAUUUCAUUGCCUCCAUCUACUGAUCAAGUUAUGCAACACACUCAAGCAACUGAAACAGCUGUAGGUUCUUCAUCUAAUCCUGGAAAGGUAAAGAGAGUUCGAGGGAGGAACAAGUGCAAAGAAGUUGCAUCACUUGAAGUCGGACAAAAGCUGAAAGUAACCUUUUACAAUAAUCGAACAGUUGGAACAAAUAGCAAACUGUUUUCGAGGCACUUGGGAAGAAUCGUUCGUGACCGUAAUAUGUGUCCGUUGGGAGUAUCAUCGUGGAAUGAUAUUAAAAAAGAAAAGCUGAAUCACAUGUGGGCAGCUAUUGAGGAUAAAUUUGAGAGUGUUGACAUGAAUGAUCAUCGUGAACAUAUCUUCGGAUGGAUGAAAGAGUUAUGGAACAAAUGGAGAGGACACUUGCAUGCAAAAUAUGUGAAGGAUAAGCCAAUCCAAUAGGCUCUUAAGAAUAUUCCAAAGGGAGUAGACAAGAAAGAAUGGGAGUGGUUAGUAAAGGAACAUUUUUCUUCAGAAAGUUUUCAGGCGAGAAGCAACAGGAAUGCAGCAAAUCGAGCUAAGUUGAAGAUGCUUCAUCAUAUUGGUAGCAAGCCUAUUCGUGAGAUCAUUUAUCUAAAGGGCGGAAAAGAUGGCAACCCACCGGAUUUGGCAACAAUUUUCUUUGAGACCCGUAAGAAAGAUAACAAGCUUGUUGAACCUGAAGCAAUUGAAAAACAUGCUCAAAUCGAAGAAAUAGUUCAAGCCGAUCCAUCUCUACCUAGCAUAGAGAUUGUAGAAAAAUGCUGUGGACCUCAAACUCGUAGCCAUGUGUUUGGAUUUAGGGGUGGAGUGAAGGCGAAA